AUGCACCCACGCACGCCGCACGUCCAGAUUGGGAGGCGCCAACGUGCGGCAAUGGCAGGCCUCGCCGCGCAGCUGGCCGCGGCAUUCGCCGUGGCGGCCCUCGCGGCGGUGGCCUCCGCCUCCUCCCCCACCUCGGCCGCCACCGGAUCCUCCGCCUCCUCCUCGUCCUACUACGCGGCCUUGGAGAACCGGCUGCCGGCGGGUGCCGGCAUGGAGCUCGUGUGCCGAGCGCUGGGCGGCCUCUUCGUCACCGAGUGGAGCGUGCUGCCGCGCGGCCGCGUGCCCCGCGACGGGAAACGGAUCCUGGAGCUCCUGGUGGACGCCGAACGAUACGCGUGGGUCAGCUGCAGCUGGGCCUACGAGGGAAACUACCUCGGCGCCAUCCGGCUCCUGGACUCGCGGUGGCCGGAGGCGAAGCGGUGCCAGGACGUCGCUGCCGGCGGCGGCAUGUGCCGCCUCGUGUUCGAGGACGACGCGGUGCGGCUCGAGACGCCCGGAGGGGGCCCGGUCAGGGUCAUCGGCGACCUGCCGGUGAAGCGGUGCCGGCGGCACUGGCUGCUGUUCAGCACGGAGUGCACGUACCCGGAUCAUCCUCACCCCUACGCCGGCCGCCUUCUCGGCAACGCUUUCGAGUUCUUUGGCGUAUGACUUGAUUGGUUCAUUCGUUAGGUCAUCUCCAUCGAAUGUAUGUACGUUAAAACAUUCCGAUAUUCAAUUUAGACGUUCGUGAAUUUUGGGU